AUGGAGGAUGUUGUUCUUUACCACCGUCUCGAAGGCUCCGAUGGACUAAAUGAUUUAAUCGCAACCACUGAAAAGCUCCUGGAGCCUUUACCCUGCCGUCCUCCCCCCGUUUUUUCUCCGUGGUUCGCAUACUCAUCAGCAGAGCGCCCGCCGCCCAUCAGACCGGCAAAACCUGCCCCCGUCAUCCGGGCGGCUGAUUUGAAAAAUGGCAGCGGAAUGAACGGACCUUUAAACUCGAUUUCCGCUAAGAAGAAGCGGUCCUGGAACGUGUUGGCUUCCAAAGGGGGGCGUCAGCGCAUGCCGUCGCUCUCGAGACGCUUCUAUCGCACUCUGUCCGCACACGCCUUGCACCCGCAUCAGAGGUCCAAGUGGGUCAUUAGUCAGCAAAACUGUGGCGCCGCACGAGAUAUCGAACAGGUGUGGCGAGCCCUGAGCAGAGCCGCCCAGCGUGCUGGCUUGCCCACGUGCAAUGCCAACAUCCAGCGCGAGCGGGCCGAGAUCUGGGUCUUCUGCGACGUCAUGUACUCUGAACAAGUGGGCCACUUCCUGAAGGAGCGUCUGCAGCUGUCAGGCAACAUCGCGCUGUCUGUGCACAGGCUCGGAGACGUCUUCAUCUUGUAG